UCUUACCUCUCAGAAUUGGCCAUUAGCUGAAUAGGUGUCCUGGGCUGGAAUUCUAACAGCACCUACAAGGAGCUAUUCAUGAUGUCAGACUAUUAUUGGUUUGAAGGGAUACCUUUUCCUGCCAUAGGAUAUCAAAGAGAAAAUUUGGAAGAUGUCCGUAGUAAGUUUGUGGUGAAAGAAGAAGACUUGUUGAUAUUGACUUACCCCAAGUCAGGAACACACUGGCUGAUUGAGAUUGUCUGCUUGAUUCAGACCAAGGGAGAUCCGAAGUGGAUCCAAACUGUGCCCAUUUGGGACCGCUCACCCUGGCUAGAGACUGAUUCAGGAUAUCCUGCAUUAAUCAAUAAAGAAGGACCACGACUCAUAACCUCCCAUCUUCCCAUCCAUCUCUUCCCCAAGUCUUUGUUCAGUUCCAAGGCCAAGGCGAUCUAUCUCAUCAGAAAUCCCAGAGAUAUUCUUGUGUCUGGUUACUUUUUCUAUGGUAACACAAACCUUGUGAAGAAUCCAGGGUCACUCAGAACAUAUUUUGAAUGGUUCCUCAAAGGAAAUGGACUUAGUGUGUCGUCUCCCAGUGAGACAAGACAAGAGGAAUGGGAUCCACAGACAGGAAACAGUUUAAGGGAGAGACCCAGCACCAGUUGUUUGGAGACCUGCUCAAGACCAAGCUGCUCAUCUGCUCCAUAUGUACAGGGCCCCUAGUUCUAGCUCAUGAUA